AGACUAGGCCAGUGGUAGCCUCGAUCCCAGGCCGCACUUCAUCCAAGGCCUGUUGAAGGAGCCAGGUUGGUACAUGGCCACUCGAUCACAGGUACUAGGAGGUGGGGCUGUUGCUGUGUUGAGUGGACAUGAGAGUGUGUUUCAGUUUGCUAUUGCCUAGACAAUGCAAGCUCUUCGCUCCAUAUUUAGUCUAGCACCAGCUGAACAACAAACCGGAACAAAUGCUCCUGUUGAACCACCACCUUGUUUUCUACCAUUCUACGCUGAAUCUGAUGGACGCCAUUACUAUUGGAGGGGAUUUGGUGCAGAGCUGGGCACUAACAUGAUUGCUGUGUAUGACUCAGGAACUGAGCUGUGGAGCUUCUUGCCCACCACUGGACCUCUACCCCCUGGAGAGUGGGAUGGUCGCUCUGUUUGUGUAGGUCGUUACCUGUACGCCUUUGGUGGUUGUGAUGGGUCUUCUUACGUCAAUGACACGUACAAGCUUAAUCUUGACACUCUCCAGUGGACCAAAGUUCAAUCCACUGGUAGUCAGCCUAUUAAAAAGAUUGACUGUGGACUUGUCAGCGUGGAUGAGAGAACUCUGUGCUGCUUUGGAGGACUCGGUAUUGGCCCCACACAACCAGGAUCAACAUUCACCAGGGACACACAAUACACUGAUGGAAGUGGAUGGACAAAUGAGUUCCAUCUCUUUGAUGUGCAAAAUGGUGUCUGGUCGUCACGUGAGCUCAAAGGAGAGAGACCUCCUCCCUGUGAUAGCUUCACGUUCACCAAGUUGGACCAGCACAGGGCAGUCCUCUUUGGAGGGAGACAACCAAACCAUAGGGUUAAUGAUGUCUAUGUGUUUGACUUCAGGAACAUGGAGGUCACUAAGGUGAAGCCAAUACAGGGAGAGCCAUGGCCAGUGGGGAGGUCAUCCCAUGCUGCCUGCUGUCUCAACUAUGGCCAGGACCACCCUCAACUACUGGUGUAUGGAGGAGUAGAUAACGACGUCAAAGCACUGCGGGACAUGUGGAUACUUAAUGUUGACAUUGGCAAGUGGACAGAGGUGACACCUCUUGGGUCAGUGAAACCACGUGUUUUCCACUCCACCACUGCCACCAGUCUGGGACCAGGACUCACUGAGUUCCUUAUUUUUGGAGGCCGUCGGAACUGGCUGGGUGAUAAUAUUACAGAGACAACCAUACUAAGAUUCGAGUUAACUGGACACGUACACUCAGUAUCUGGUACUGGACCCUCGGCUGAGAAAUGGGCUCUCGUAGAUGUGGCCCACAACGACACUAGAGGCUCCAACCAACAACUGAGUGACAAGAGGAUAAAGAUCAGACAAGCAACUGCUCGUGCCUCAUCAGUCAGUGAAACCAGCGACCACUCCUCCCAAGACCAGGUGAGGGCUCUUGAACAACAGCUACGAGCAGCAGAGCAGAGAGAGCAGGACACCCAACGUUGCUGUGAACAACUGUUACAAGAGAAGGAUCGGGAAAUGGCUGCUCAAGGUCGAGAAUUGACAGCUCUCAGGAGGGAGUUAGAAGGCAAGACGAAAGAGUUGGCAGCACACAGCACAGAGGUGUGGAGGAUUCCGUCAAUCAGAGUGAACAUGAUGAGAACGAUUGGCACUGGAGGAUGGGGGGAGGUGCUGGAAGGAACAGUGAGGGUGGCCGUCAAGCGACUUUUUGCUGCCAUUGUCAACCCACGCAAUCUGGAGAAAUUCCAGAGAGAAAUGAUGCUCUUGGCUGAAGUACGACACCCCAACCUGGUGCAGUUCAUUGGGGCAGUGUUUGACCAAUCCCCUCCUCUCAUCAUCACCGAGCUUCUGGACAUGAAUCUCCAACAAGCGUACGAGACGAAUCAACUGGUACCAGGAAACCAUAUAUCGAUUUUCGUGGACAUUGUCCUAGCACUGGACUACCUGCAUCAGCGCUACGAUCCCAUCAUCCACCGUGAUGUGAGUGCUCCCAACGUCCUCCUCCAGCGAAUGCCCAACCACCAGUGGAAGGGGAAGGUCUCUGACCUCGGCUCAGCCAACUUCCUGCAGCAUGCUCAUACGAUGGGAGAGGGGGCUAUAAUCUACUCCCCUCCUGAAGUCAUCCCUCAACCAUUUGCACGACCUCCUCCACAAACGGUUAAGAUUGACGUGUACAGCUACGGCAUUGUGUUGGCUGAAGUGACUGCUAGUCGAUUUCCGAGUCAAGAAAAUUUCCCUGAGAUGUUUGAGCGAAUUAAGAGAGAGCGCCCUGCAGUGUACGAACUAAUUGUCCGCUGCACUAAGAGAGACCCCAGUGAUCGACCCAGUAUGGCUGAGGUGCUCGUGGAACUGAACAAAAUAGCACCUUUUUAAUUUACUAUAAUUAUAUAUAUAAUCAGUAAAAAUUAUACAUGUACAUGAUGUAAAGAAUAAAUAUCAUGUACUCUUUUUUUGCGAUUCUACGAGUUAAUUGCAUUUCAAUCGUUGUAUAAUUAUAAUUAU